CUGAGAGUUUCUGCUCCUCAUCCCUCCAUCAGCGGCCCGCCUCCGCUCCACGCUCCUCUCCUCCUUCUCCUCCUUCUCCUCCUCUUUGGGGAAAAGAAAAAAGACACUUUGCUCGCGCUCGAUUCGCUCGAGUCGGACCCGGCUCCGUCUGCGUUUUUUGUCCUCUGAGGAUUUUAUUUUUCUUUUUUUUUUUUCCUCUCUUCGUUCAUUCAUUUUUCCAACAUGACAUUUCUCCACAUAGAGAAUUUUUACCAUAAAAAGUAUUUUUUACACAUUUAUUUUCUCUUUUGUUGAAUAAUAUUGAAAAAUCUGAAAAGUUCCGAAAAACUUCUUGUGCUACAAACAUUCAUAUCUUUUUUCUUUGUCAGCUGAUUUCGGACUCGUCUGGAAUCUCGAUAUAUCCUUACUUUCCAGUUUUUUGCUUUCUUGUUAUUUUUCUUCGUGUUUUUACGUGGCGGCGGCGGCGGCGACGGUCGGAGCACCGGGGCUCCGGAGAUGUUCGGGAUCCAGGACAACCUCCCCAGAGGGGCGACGGCGAGCAUGAAGGAGGAGCCGCUGGCCGUUCGCUCCUGGAUGCACUCGGCCGGCGUGGUGGACGCCAACACCGCUGCUCAGAGUGGGGUCGGUUUAGCUCGUGCUCACUUUGAGAAGCAGCCGCCGUCCAACCUGAGGAAAUCCAACUUCUUCCACUUCGUGUUGGCGCUUUAUGAUCGACAGGGUCAGCCGGUGGAGAUCGAACGCACAGCGUACGUCGACUUCGUGGAGAAAGAGAAGGAGCCGACUGGAGAAAAAACCAACAAUGGGAUUCACUACAAACUACAGCUGCUGUACAGUAAUGGAGUGAGGACGGAGCAGGACCUGUAUGUCCGACUCAUCGACUCCAUGACCAAACAGGCCAUCAUCUACGAAGGUCAGGACAAAAACCCAGAGAUGUGUCGAGUCCUGCUGACGCAUGAGAUCAUGUGCAGUCGCUGCUGUGAUAAGAAGAGCUGUGGAAACCGAAACGAGACGCCGUCGGACCCCGUCAUCAUCGACAGGUUCUUCCUCAAGUUCUUCCUGAAGUGUAACCAGAACUGUCUGAAAAAUGCAGGAAACCCCCGAGACAUGAGGAGGUUCCAGGUCGUGGUUUCGACGACGGUCAACGUGGACGGACACGUUCUCGCCGUGUCCGACAACAUGUUCGUCCACAAUAACUCCAAACAUGGCCGCCGAGCCCGGAGACUGGACCCGUCUGAAGCAGCCACUCCCUGUAUCAAAGCCAUCAGCCCCAGUGAAGGCUGGACGACGGGUGGAGCCACCGUCAUCCUCAUCGGGGACAACUUCUUCGACGGCCUCCAGGUCGUCUUCGGCACUAUGUUGGUGUGGAGCGAGCUGAUCACCCCUCAUGCCAUCCGGGUUCAGACUCCGCCUCGUCACAUCCCUGGGGUCGUCGAGGUCACACUGUCCUACAAGUCCAAACAGUUCUGUAAGGGAGCGCCGGGACGCUUCGUCUACACAGCGUUGAAUGAACCCACCAUCGACUACGGCUUCCAGAGGUUACAGAAGGUCAUUCCUCGUCACCCCGGAGACCCCGAGAGACUGCCCAAGGAGGUGUUGUUGAAGAGAGCAGCUGACCUGGUGGAGGCGCUCUAUGGGAUGCCUCAUAACAACCAGGAGAUCAUCCUGAAGCGAGCAGCCGACAUCGCAGAGGCUCUCUACAGCGUUCCCAGGAAUCACAACCAGAUCCCAUCGCUAGGCAACACUGCCUCCCAUGGCAUGAUGGGAGUUAACUCCUUCAGCGGGCAGCUAGCUGUUAACGUCUCUGAGACGACACAAGUUGGCUACAGCCGUAACACCAGCAGCGUGUCGCCGCGGGGGUAUGUCCCAAGCUCCACCCCCCAACAGAGUAACUAUGGCAACACUGUUAGCAACAGUAUGAACGGCUACGGAAACACCGGCAUGCCAAACCUCGGAGUGGCGACGUCUCCGGGAUUCCUGAACGGGUCGUCUGCAAACUCGCCCUACGGCAGUAAGUAUCAAGUCGUCCCGUCCAGUCCGACCAUGGCCGUCUCCAACUGUAACUCCUCCCAUGGCGUCUUCUCCUUUUCGGCCGCCGUCAAACAGAAAAGCGCCUUCGCUCCCGUCGUCAGGCCGACCGCCUCUCCGCCGCCUCCUCCCAACUGCUCCGCCAACAACGCCAACGGGCUUCAAGCCAUGUCCGGCCUCGUUGUUCCUCCGAUGUAAAACCCUUCCUCCUACGCCUACUACUCCUCCUCCUCCUCUUCCUUGUCUUGCCCCUCCCCCUCGGCCACGAGCACCAAUCACCUCAAAGGAGGAGGGGCCCGGGCCUCGGGAGGCGGGGCCUCUGGCACCAGCUGACCAGUCAGGACAGAGCGUUGCUGCUGCCGUCGCUCUGAUUGGACGAAGCUUUUCCGUCUGUAAGAAGAAAACGCAGAGGACUUUUUGUACAGCUGUUUGCAGCUCCGUGUUAUUCUGAUGUUUAUUCUUUGUUUGGGGGCGUGGCCUGUGGAUGUACAGACUGUGAUGUCACAGCGGUCAUGUGGCAUCAAAACAGAUCCUCAGACUGUGGAUGUUCGACGACAGGAACAGGACGGUUCACUCUGAUUGGUCGUCAGCAGAGUCAGGUGUCGGAGCUGGAAUGACCUCAUUCAGUUUAAACAAGACAAAAAACCAAAUGUAAAACACUCGUAGAUGCGUUCAGACAGUUUUUAACAGCCGUAUUUUACACAUGCAGCAGGUAAACACGUAGAGGUUGGACAGAACUGACUGAGUCAGGCUUCAAACAAAUGAAAACCAUCUGACUUUAAAACUGUCAAUCAUCUGUCAAAGCUUCAGAAAGUCUCUAAACAUUGUCUUGUGAGAAAAGAAGGUAAACCAAUAAAAAGAUGGAAAAGAAAUGCAUAUUUGGUUCAAAAACACUGGCAUUAUCAAUACCUUACACCUUCAAAAACAUCUGGUCUGUAUUUGCCGCUGUCGACCAAUCAGAUUGCGAUUCGUGAUGUAAACGGAGUGUAACUUUUCCUUUGCCUUUUGAGUAACCUUUUCAUUGGCCACGCCCACCUGGUUAAUAGCACAAAGAAUUCUGGGACUUUGACUCCUCUGUGAAAGCACACGAAAGAAAAAAAAAAAGAAUAAAAUGAGCUUUCUCUUUCUUCUCCAGCCCCGCCCCUUUUCUUAUGUCAGCCCCGCCCCUCUCUUCCGUUAGCCCCACCCCUGCCUGUCUGUGUCUUAUUUUUUUAUGCUCGCACUGUAACAAAAAAAACCAAAAAAAAAACAAUCCUGCAUCCUGAUAGGCUAAUGUGACUGUUCGUCUUCUUGUUGUCUUUUUAAUCCCCACCCACCUCAUGCACACGAGCCCCGCCCCAAAUCACCCACCCACCUCCCGAAGCCCCACCCCCUUGUGUUUGUUUUUCCGUGUUUUCUGUGGUUUUGGCCAAAGUCGUAGCUCGCUGAAUAUUUACACGUCACUGUGGUUGAUCACGCGUCGCCGCCAUCACGAGCUUCACCGAGGGGACGUCCUUUUGUAACAUACAAAUUAUAAAUAGUGUAUUUAUAUGGCAGAUUGUUUUGUAUAAAUGGAUGUUGAGUCAUGUCGUCUUCAUGGGGUUUUAGACAUGUAUGUGUACGUGGUGAUAACACACGGAAACAUCGUUUUGUAUCAAAAAAAUUUAAAAAAAGACAAAGUCGAACAUUUAACGUCUUCACACAUUUCUAGCGCUGUCAAUCAAAGCUGAUGUGACCAAUCAGCUCCACUGUUUGGGUUUUUAUUAUUGUAACUCCUGUUUUAACUGUUUGGCUGUAAUAAGAUGAUUUCUCACCGUGAAUAAAAUCAGCAGGUCGCUCUGAAA